AUGGCCAAGUUUUGGAGCAGUUUGAAAAAGGGUCCACCUGCCAAAAAUGCAGAACCUGACAUGUUAUAUUCCCCUUCCAGUUUUGUUGCUGUUCCCAAUGGGACAAUGGCUGGCCCAUCUAUAUACUCAUUUGAUGAUGAAAGAAAUCCCAUUGUCGAUGCCCCACUGCAUGAGUUUGUGGAACACAAAUACCCUGCCAGUGCACAUGAGAAUGAACCUCUUGGAAGUCCAGCACUAUCAGAUGCUAUGAUGGGCACAAGAUUGUCGACUACUUCUCAAUCCCAGCCAUCAUGCCCCCUGGCUAUCACAGCAAGUGUUGGUGACUUUGAGUUUAUGGAGAUUGCCCUGGAAGCAAGCCUAAAUCAGAAGCAAGUUGACACUUUGUUAGAUCUCAUUGGCCAUGUGUUGCAAAAGGGGCCACUCAGGUUCUCCAAACAUACAGUCGUUGCAGCAUAUAAGAAGGAAGUGUGGACAUACAAGGUACAUACACAACCCAUCUGGGAAUGGGCACUUGACAUUUUGGCUCUGCACUUCAUUUGGGAUGCACAAUGCUUGUUCAAGCAUGAUGGACAUGGAUUUGAAUGCUUCUAUGAUGAGCCCUGGAUGGGCAACAGCUGGUGGGACAUUCAAUCCUCCUUGCCCAAAGUUCUGAAUGCUGUACCAUUUGCCUUUAUUAUUUAUGCCAACAAAACCAAAUUAUCAUCAUUUGGCACUGCAAAGGGCUAUCCUGUUGUGGUCCAUUGUGCGAACCUCCUGGUAGAGAUACAGAAUAGCCAUGCAAUUGGGGGAGGCUGCAUCUGUUGGAUGGUCCCUGAGGAUGCUGAAGAAGAGGGCAAAUUAGGAUACACAACUCUCAACACUCAAAAACUGGGUAUAUCCAUAUAUUAUGAGGAACAGUGUAUGAUGUCACUUAUCUAUGGCCACACUGGCAAAUGCCCAUGCCCAGUGUGUCUCAUUCCAUUAGAGGAGCUUCACAAUAUUUCCAAAACAUAUCUGCUUCAUUCCAUGGAUGAGGCACAACACAGCCACACUGAGGGUGAAAAGGUGCUUAAGGCACUCAGGUUGCAGCCUGUCAAUAAUGUUUUCUGGCUCAUCUGCAAUUCUGACCUUUAUGGCACACUCAGCUUUGACUGCCUACAUUUUCUACAUGGUGGUCUAUGGGGAAAGCACAUACUAUGGGACAUCUUGAGAAUUCUGAAUGUCCUUGGGUGCAAUGCUGAAACCAAUAAUGUCAUCAAUGUAACAUUUUCAGAUGGAAACAAGAUGUGUGAUCUGGCAAAAGCAAUGUUCUAUGUGUUGCUGAAUGUUUUUACCAGGACAGCCACACCCAAAGGCUAUUGUCUUCUCUGUAUCCUUGCAAGUUAUCUCCAGCUGGACAGUUUGAUAGAAAUGAUCGAUGCAGAGUUGCUGAAAUUCAACAACAAAUUGAAGGCAUACAUUGAAUGUGUAAAUAAAUCUGGGUUAGAAGGGCUGCAGGUGGACUGGGACUUUCCAAAGAUCCUAUGUGUGGACAAACAUAAGCUUGCUGCCAAGCUGCUCAGAAUGUGUGUUGAUAGCUACAAAAACUGGACCCAAAUGCAAGGUGAACCUGCAGGCACUGAGGGUGAAUGCAAUGACAAUCAAUCUGGAUUGUUCACAGUGUUUGAUCAUGUCUAUCUCAGUUCCUCUUCCAAACUGUCUACCAUACAGGACAUUGAGGCCAGUUGCAGUGUCUCCAACACUGCCUUUGUUGGUUUUCACAAGAAACUGUCAGGUUUUUGUAACCAGUGCCUCCCUCAAUAUGGCUAUCAAGUUGAUAAGUGGAUCACUAUCCCCACUCACUUCAAGGCAAGUGACCUUCUUAUGAACUUCUUUAAACUAAUGCCUGGCUUGUAG